AUGGUCCUAGGUGGCGAUCUCGAGGAAGCUCUUUCGGUAUUUGGAGAAUUACGAAAGGGCCCCAAAGCCGAAUACUAUUUUAAAUGGUCUGUUCUCAGCUUCGGUUGCUGUUUAGCAAUCCAUCACGUCAUCAGCCCUUGGAUAUUCACACGAUAUAAUAAGUUGUAUCGAAAUCUUCCUCGGCCCCAUAAGAUGGAAUGGGAUUCACGUGUAGUAUCGUCAAUACACGCGACUAUUGUUAGCAUUCUGUGUGUUACAGCGCUAGUUACCAAUGCUGAUCUGUGGUAUAAUCCAGCUAUAAGUGUAGCUCAUUCUGGUCUUAUGGCACUAUCGAUUUCCAUUGGUUACUUUUUAUGUGAUGCUAUUUCUAUGCCAUUCUAUUGGCGAAAUAACCAGUUAAUCAUAUUUCUUCUGCAUCAUGCGGCCGCAUGUUUAGCAUUUUUCUAUGUUGUGCGAUAUCGAACCUGCGUAUUUUUUGGUGUUUAUCGACUUACAACCGAGCUAUCUACACCUUUCGUCAACCAAAGGUGGUUCUAUCGUACUAUUGGUUACAAACCUGAUCGCCGAAGAGUCGCAUGUGUAACUUUAAUAUUUGCGAUUUUUUUUAUCAUAACACGUAAUCUAAUGAUUCUACCAUUUUGGUUUAUAGCCUAUAUAUCUUACGGAUCUGAUGUUCACAAAAUUUGUGCUAGAUCUUUUCCACUUAUUGUUCCUAUUUUCAUAUGUAGUUGCGGAUUACUUGAUUGUUUAAAUAUCCAUUGGGCUUUUCGUACUUGUCGUCUUGGCUAUAAAGCUGCUAAACUAUUAUGGACUGCAGAUUGGCAAAGUGAUAUUUGUAAAGCUCGAGCACAUUUACACAAACGUUUACGUAAUCUCCAACAACGUGUUGCCUUUAAAGCUAGAAAUGAUACGAGUUUAAAACCAACAUUGAUAGAAAACCAUCAUAGUAAUACUUCAUUGAGUGAACAAAUCAGCAGUGGACUAUCUUCAUCGAAUUAUUCUACUUCCGAUAGUGAACUGGAGUCAGUUUAUUCAGAUUUAGAUUUUAAAGUAACUCCUGAAAAUGA